AAGAUCCUCUGAACAGCUCUGUGACCUCUGAACUUACCCAGCAGGUGACAUCAUCGCCUCCUCCUCGUCUGAUUGGUGGACUGUGAGCUGAGCUGAACUUUGCAGCUUCCAAACUUCUGAGACAAAGACAGUCAGAGAGAGAGAGAGAAGAGCACUUUUUUUUUUUCCUCCAUCGUCCAGGACUGAAUUUUUUUCUUCCAGAACUCGACUUUCUUCGUCUCCUCUGGCUCCGUGUUCGAGCCCCGCAUCCGCCAGCAUCACCAAACCAGCCGGUCAGCUGAUCCAGCCGUCAUGUCGGUGUUUCCUCUGCUCGGCGUCCUGCUGCUGCUCCACAGCUGCAGCUCGUCCUCCGGCCCGGCGCCGCCGUCCCUGACCGUCCAUCCUCACCGCCAGCCGGACGCCUCCAGCUCCAGCUGCCCGUCCUGCGCCCUGGCCAGGAUGAGGCGGAACGAAGGGGGCGCGGCGGCGGACGACCUGGCGGGACACGAGCAGGAGGAGGAGGCGGCGCAGCAGGACGUGGUGGAGGCGGUGAAGAGGCACAUCCUCAACAUGCUGCACCUCCAGGCCCGGCCCAACAUCACCCGGCCCGUGCCGCGCGCCGCGCUGCUCAACGCCCUGCGCAAGCUCCACGUGGGGCGAGUGGCGGAGGACGGCAGCGUGCAAAUCGAAGGGGAGGAGGAGGCGAGAGGGCGGGGAGACAGCGGCGACGCUCAGGAGACCACAGAGAUCAUCACCUUCGCCGAGGCUGGUGAGUCCCAGGGGACGGUGAACUUCGUGCUGUCUAAAGAAGGCGGCGCCCUGUCGCUGGUGGAGCAGGCCAACGUCUGGCUCUUCCUGCGCCUGGCCAAGACCAACCGCAGCCGAGCCAAAGUCGCCAUCCGCCUCUUCCAGCAGCGCCGGCUGCCGGCCGGGCGCCCGUCCUCCUCGCCGCAGGACGACAUCCUCCUGGCCGAGAAAACCGUGGACACGCGCCGCAGCGGCUGGCACACCUUCCCGGUGUCGGCGGCGGUGCAGGCGCUGCUGGAGAGCGCCGACGGCGCCGCGCUGAGCCUGCGCGUGUCCUGCCCGCUCUGCGCCGACGCCGGCGCCACGCUGGUCCUGGUGUCGGGAGGCUCCGAGGCGUCGCAGCGCGCCAACCAGCGGGAGCAGUCCCACCGGCCCUUCCUCAUGGCCGUGGUGCGGCCGGAGGACGGCGGCGAGGCGCGGCGGCGCAGGAAGCGCGGCCUGGAGUGCGACGGGAAGGUCCGCGUCUGCUGCAAGCGGCAGUUCUACGUCAACUUCAAAGACAUCGGCUGGAACGACUGGAUCAUCGCGCCGCCGGGCUACCACGCCAACUACUGCGAGGGCGAGUGCCCCUCCCACGUGGCGAGCAUCACCGGCUCCACGCUGUCCUUCCACUCCACCGUCAUCAGCCACUACCGCAUGCGGGGCUACAGCCCCUUCCAGAACCUGCGGUCGUGCUGCGUGCCCACCCGGCUACGAGCCAUGUCCAUGCUCUACUACAACGAGGAGCAGAAGAUCAUCAAGAAGGACAUCCAGAACAUGAUCGUGGAGGAGUGCGGCUGCUCGUAGACCGGAGCGGUCCGAGCGAACUGGACCGGAGGGCGAGGAGCGAGAGGAGAGGCUCCUCCUCCUCCUCCUCCUCCUCCUCCUCCUCUUCUCCGUCCUUCGUCCGGCAGAACUCAGAAAGAGUCUCGACGGCACUUUCAGAAAAAAAAAGAGAGAAAAUGGAAAAAAAGAUAGAAAAAAAAAAGAAUAUCUAAUAUAUUUUUGUUACAAACGCAGGAGCGAGGCUUAUUUAUGUGGCUGAGACGUUCACGCACCGCUCCCCGUCACCUCUCGGAGCGACGCGGUGCCUGAAAAACUACUAACAAAAAAAAUCUCAAAACUAUGCAACUUGUUUCACGUAUUACGAUCUUAUUGUAUUUUACUUUGUCUCGUUUCCCGACUGUUUACUUUUUUUUCAAAACGUACGAGGAAGACAGAAGAAGACUCUUUUGUAUUAUUUUUUGGAAGUAUAAUUUUGUGUGUGUGUGUGUGUGUGUGUGUGUGUGUG